CAAAAUGGCGGUCAAAUGUUGUUGAUCCAAAAAAGCAGAAACUAUCGAUAAAAAUGGACGGAAAAUCGCGAGAAAAUCCAGCUGAAGAGGAAGAAGAAGGGUUUAUUGCUUUAGCUAAUGAGUUUCUGGAGAAGUGCAACAUAGGGACUAAAAUCUCCAGGCUAACGGAUUGUAAAGAUGAUUUUUUUGUUUCUGUCUACAAGGGUCUCAUUGGUGACGACUUGAAAGGUACUCAACUAGUGGCCACAGCAGGACUCGAACCAGGCACCACCAGAUUGCGAGGCCGAUGCUACAGUGAACUGGAUGACUCCAAUGUACUGACAUCACAACAUGAGGUUAUUUCUGGUCUUCUAAGGGAAGAAUUUGGAUCAGGAUAUCAGGAUAAUAUGUACAAAACAGAACCAAGGAKCCAAGCACCACCAGUCAGUGUUGGACUUGAUUCUCAGAAGAUGGCAUCAUCCUCCUCCUCUGUCUUUGCCAGACCCGGCUACAGCAAUUAUUCAUCCAGUGUAGGAGAUACCAGAGAUGACAGAAGUAAACUGAACAAGCUCACUACUAAUUCUGGACAUGAUGCUGAUACAUCUGAGGUCAGUGAUUCCACCAAUGAAUUGAUAAAGCUUGGCGAGACAACUGGCAGUUUGCACUCUUUACGGGAUAAAAGAAACCGAACCUAUGACCUACCCACGAGAGAUAAACAGCCAGUGUGCAGUGAUAUGUGGUCUCAUAGUACAUCUAUCACAGAUGGAGGGGACUCGGACGAUUUGACGCAAUAUACCCUCACGUCUGAAGAAGGACAAAGAGAUAAGCCCUUAGAUAACUUUUCUAGCAGCCUUCUCUCAAGCACUUCAUCAUACAACCAGCAAAUAUCGCCACUAGACUCUGGAACAGACGAAGCAAAGCUGGCUUCACUUGGCAUGAGGCCAAGGGUUGAUGUUGUAGCAACUGGUGCUGCUGAUCAAGAAGGGAGUGAAAGUGGGGGAAGYGGACGAAGUACCCCAAUGUUACAUCAUCAUUAUCAUCAUCAUUUUCAUCAUCCUGUUGGAUCUGAUGUAAAACAAAAUGAUAGAACAGACAUUCCUGGGGUAGAUAGCACUAGAGGGGUCCCAGGCACAAGUGGUAUCCAUCCACACCAUUUGCAGCCUAAAAGGUUAAGUGUUCCUGGUCCAAGCAUCGAUGUACCAAAAGAAACAAUAUCAGGUCGCACUAUUCCAAGAAGUGGUCUUCCAAAUGCCAGUAUUCCAGGAACUACUGUACCAUUGCCAGAUCGUUYUGCCCCAAGACCUGGUAUGGACCCAAGUUAUAGUAUUAUCACUAGUUUUCCAGGAAAUACAAGACAAUUGCCAGAGCAUUCUGCUACAAAAUCUGGUAUCCCAAGUCACAGCAAUACCACUACUUUUCCAGGAACUACGGUACCAUUUCCAGAUCAUUCCACUACAAGACCAAGUAUCCCAAGUACUAGUAUUCCAGUAACUAAAAGACCAUUUCCAGAACAUUCUGCUGGAAGAUUUGAUUUUCCAAGCACGAACCUUCCUGGACCUAAAGUAGCAUUUCCAAGUCGUUCUUCUCUAAGGACGGAAAUUCCAAUACCUAGUAGAAGCAGAGAUGUACCUGUCUAUUCUACCCAAAGUACCAACGUUCCUGGACGUGAUGCAUACAUGCCUGGCMCACAGGGUCGUACUGGGAAGAUGACAUCAUUGUCAAGUACUGCCCCGUCGUUACUAAGAACAGCAACAGAUCCACUGAGUUCAGCCGGUACUGGACGAUUCCCUUCCUCUGGUGGCUUGAGUGACUCGGUAUUCACAUCUUCAGAUACUGCAGGCUUAAGAAAACCAUAUGUCUCUUAUUUAAAGAAAUCUCGUGGGAUAGGACAUGAACAGGAUGAGCAGAGAGAGAGAAUGGAAAACCUGGUAACAUUGGAUAAACCCAGCACAAGUAAAGACACUCAACAAACAUCUAGACUUACCAAAGAACCUUCUGUCACACACGAAAAAGCGAAACACCCCGAAGACAAACACACGAACAUGGAUAGCGACAGUGAUGGGUCUGACAGCGAUGACAGUGAUGUUGCAAGGCACAGUGAUAGCGCUAUAGAACGAUGGAAGAAAAUUGAAGCACAACCAARAUCUACGUCGAAAUCCGCUCGUCGAGCCGUUCAUUUCGACGAAGAUGCGGAAGUCAUCCCGAUAACAAGCCGAAUGGACAGACUUCGGAGACUAUUAGAGGACGAAGCCGAGGAACAGCGGCAKCAGCACACUACUGCCAUGCGCGAGGCUUAUGCUGAACAGCUUCGGGAUAUUCAGAAGCAACAGGAAGAUGAAAGAAGUGAAAUAAAAAAGAGAAAAGUACAGAGGUCGCCUCAGGUUCCAAAAAAGAAAGCAAAAAAGCCAGUUCCAACCAAGCAGCGUGGUCGCCUCGAAACAAUAUACCGUCCACAAGGAAGGACACCUCGAUCAAAGAAGCGACCGUUGGUGAAGACUAGAAAGAGAAGUGCGUCUGCUAGCCCUGAUAUUGGACGGAGAAAGAAAGUUACAGAUUUCCAGGAAGCGCUUUUACCAUCGUUAUUCGAAGAAUUCCCCUUUCUUCACGUCUCGCCCCAGACUACACACGCCAUGUGGCAAAAACAGGCCAGGCAACUCAGCAUUCUUAGUAAGACUGAAACAGAGGCCAAGAAGACAAAGGGGCAGCGGUCUGUCGAAGAAGCAGAGAAAAGGCAGGAACGUCUGUUGAAAAUACUCAAGAAGGAGUUGGAAACUAAUCAAAGAAUGCGUGAUGAACACGAACGUGAGGAACGUGAACGUGCUGUCAAGACAAAGAUGAACGAGAAGCGACAAGUAGCGGCGCGCGCCCGAAGGUACUACGACGAGUACCAGCUGCGCAUGCGCUCUAAGAUGCUCAAGAGACGAACGCGGGAAGAGCAAAUAUUUAAAAAUCUUUUCCAAGAAGGUCUUGAAAUUCAAAAGCAACGUGUGCGAGAGCUGCAAAAAUAUGCCAAAGAAAARCGACAAGCUCUGGAACAGCGACAAAUGAACGAGAUAGAAUCACUGGAAAACUACUAUAAAGACCAGUUCGCYAUGUUAGCUGAGGGAAUGACUCGAGAAAGAAAUGAAAUUAAAGUACGUCAAGAGGCACAAGAAAAGGUCAUGAGACAAAUGCGUCGCGAACUCCGUCAAAAAAUGGAAAAAGAAAUCCGUGAUUUCCAAGAAAAUCUAAACAGAGACGAAGAAUGACCAAAUAACGAUCUCAAGUCUGUGUUUGGCCGACUGUCAGACAAAUGAAAAUGAAAGCCAAAUGGAUUURAUUGUAAAGUUUAUUGGUGUUAAUACAUCAAAGCUGUAAACUAAAUCAUUACGUUUAAAAUAAAAUUACUCAAUAAUAUUUGAUCGUUUUUCGUAUAAACCACAAUUUAGUAAAUCAUAGUUUUAAAAAAAUUGUUAAAAGUUAAUUCGCUCGAAUCGUGCU